CACUGUUUAAUUAAAUAUGUUUUAAAAAAAUAGACACUGAAUAAAAUAUGAGAUGCUCCAUAGCAUGCUCCCAGAAUAUUGUUCCAAGUGCCUAACGGGAUUUAAACGAAGACAGAAGUUGGUAACAGGGAAGCCUCUCGCUUUGCACUUAAUGAGACUUUCUGCUACGUUAGCCUACAGACCAUACAGACAACAAAAGCAACCCGUCCACCGUAAACACAGUAUUUAGAAAAGGUUUUGUAAUUAGUUGGUCAUUUUCUCGUGUUGCAUCCACCUUUUAACACUUUUUUAACGCUGUGACCUUUGCACACAUAAAAGCCUGACGUUAAGCCUGACGUUUGUUGCCAGGUCUGGUUAGAUACCACUCGGCGUAACGUUACGUAUUAAGGCUAACGUCACUUUUCAAGGAUGCAGGUGCAGAGAGUCGUUCUCAACUCACGACCAGGUAAAAACGGGGCGCCAGUUCCUGAAAAUUUCCGUGUGGAGGAGACGACUUUGGUACCUGACCUGAAAGAUGGGGAGGUUCUUGUUCGGACGCUUUGCCUCUCUGUAGACCCUUACAUGCGAUGCAGAAUGAAUGAAGACACCGGUGUUGAUUAUGUGGCUCCAUGGCAGCUGUCUGAGAGUGUGGAUGGUGGAGGUGUCGGCGUGGUUGAGUCCAGCCGCUGCACUACUUGCAGUGAGGGAGGUGUGGUCACUGCAUUCAACUGGCCUUGGCAGACCUAUGCUGUUAUGAAAGGAAGUGUCUUACAGAAGGUUGACCCACAGUUGGUUGAUGGGCACUUGUCCUACCUUUUGGGUGCAGUUGGCAUGACAGGCCUCACUGCACUGUUGGGCAUAAGGGAGAAGGGUAAUGUGAUCCAAGGAGCCAAUCAGACCAUGGUGGUGAGCGGUGCAGCUGGGGCCUGUGGCUCCAUAGCUGGACAGUUUGGCAGGCUGGAUGGCUGUGUGAGAGUGGUUGGGAUUUGCGGUUCUGAUGAGAAGUGCAGAGCUUUAGUGGAUGACCUGGGCUUUUCUGCAGCCAUCAACUACCGUCAAGAGGAUGUCCCUACAAGGCUCAAGGACCACUGCCCUGAUGGCAUAGAUGUUUACUUUGAUAACGUGGGAGGUGCCAUCAGUGAUACUGUAAUCGCACAGAUGAACAAAGACGGCCAUGUGAUCCUGUGUGGGCAGAUCUCGCAGUACAACAAGGACGUGCCGUAUCCUCCGCCCCUGAGCGAGGAGAUACACGAAACCCUGCGAAGGAAGAACAUCACCCGGGAGCGAUUUAUGGUGCUUAACUACAUGCACAAAGCAGAAGCUGCCCUCUGUGAACUGAGCCAGCGAGUUAAAUCAGGCCAAAUCAAUGUGCUGGAAACUGUGGUUAAUGGCAUCGAAAAUAUGGGAGAUGCAUUUUGCUCUAUGAUGAAAGGGGGAAACAUUGGCAAGCAAAUUAUAAAGAUAUCAGAGUGAAGAAAAUCACUGUAGCUGCUCUGACAAGACGGACGCCUUGGGAAAUUAACUCACAGUUGCCUUUCUAUCACCAUUAACAUUAACUUAAUGAACUGUAGUAAUAUAUUGCAUUGAUUAGCUGAUGCCAGUUGAUUACAAUUAUAAACCAUGAAUGAAAAAUUGCACAAUGUUCUUUGAAAUUGUGUUCUUGAGAAAAAAUAAAUUAAAUUUAAAAGUUCAAUCUAAGUCUUGAAUUGAAUACUUAUUGAUUUAGACUUUUGGAAAUAGUUGUAGCAGUAAUACUGUAGAGUACAAUAUUCCAGUACUGCCUAAUGAUAAUAAUCUACAAAAUCACUGCCCAUACUGUACCAGUACCAUAAUAUGACAUCAGCAGAUGUCUUCUUGUAUGGAGCCCCGAAACUGACAAAAGGCAGUAAAAGGUCAAUGACAAAAAUUUUUAGUACAAUAAUACAAAAGGAGUUUUUCUUCUUCUUUUACUUUCAAUCAGUUGAAAAAAUAUCUGAUUGGAGGUAAAAUAACUAAGUCACUGUAGCAAUCAAGGACACUGCCUAGUUAGCUUAGCUGAAAACACUGCUAGCUUAAUGAACACACAAAUUACCAGCCUUCUCAGCUAGCUACCUAGCCCAAACUUGAAUCAUAAAACUAUGUAUAUGAAGGUCUAAUGUUAAUCAUCCAUAUACUGUAUAUUGCUUAAGCAUCACUGUCUAAAUAAAUAUGCAGCAAAAGGCUGGCAAGCUAAUAACAAAAGUUAGUGUGCAAAAACUAUUUGAAAGUAGCUUCUAUCUUCAUAGCAUUAUUGUCAUGUCUCCUGGACCACAAUGGAAACUUUGGACUUUACUGUGUAUAUGUGAUUUAUUGUCUCUCAUAAUGUUAUGUUAUAAUAACUAAGUGAAAGAUAUUUUAGCUAGCUAACUUUGCAGCUUGCUUGCUAAAGUGCUUUUAGCUACAAAAAAAGUGCAAGAGUUAAUACAGUGACGCCAGCAGAAUACAGCAUGAACCCAAUUAACAUUACGGGUGGCUUAGUUUUAAGAAGAAAACUGGACUGUAUUGUUGUAUCCUUGACAUUGUGUAGAUGGGAUUUAAUGUCUUGUUUCUUUUUUUCCUACCACCACCCCAGAAUGUAUUAUUAAUAAUUGGGUAGAAUGAUCUACGAUUCAUAUUUGGUUGAUCACGGUUUUCGUGUUUGAAGGGAGUUGGAAAAACAUGUUAUGCAUAAGUGUGGAUGGUGUUGCUAGUGUGUGUAUGAGUAAAGUGAUAACUGUAAGGAAAAAAAUAAUGAAAAGGGAAAAAAAAGAGAAAUUAGAAUAAUUAAAUUAUAUAAAUAAUGUACAGCUUGUAGUUAUAUUUUUGUUGAAUUUAGAAAUGUUAGAAAUGGGGACCAGGUAUCUUCAAAGGCUGAUAUUUGCUUCUCUCUGUGUGCAUUGUGUUUUUCCAUUGAGAUGUAUUCUGAGAUUAAAUUUGUCCAGUGAUUGAUGUGGCAAGAAUUCUUUGAUUUCCAGUUUUGGAGGCCAGCUAGAGAAAUGAACAACGGAUUCCUGAAUUUCCAGUGAUUCGGAUUUUAUCUUUUAUUUUAAGUCUAAGUUGUUGAUAUUGAAGGAACUGUUCUCUCCCAACCCCAUAUUUCUCUGUGAGUGUGUUAAAUGACAUGAAAUGGUUGUUCUCAAAUAGGUGGUGAAGGUGUGUGAUUCCUUUUUGUGCCCAUAUGGAGAAGUAAAAAGGUUUGUUCUGUAACAUGAACACUGGAUUGUGCCAGAGUGGGGUGAACUUGUUUAAUUCUAGUGAUGAUUUUGUGAUUUGGUUUGUUUUCCACCAGGCUGUCAGAGUUGAAUAGAUGGUAAUGCGUUGGCAGAAGUUGGAUUUCUUGAUUGAUUGUGAGAGGAAGGGGAGAUCUGCAAUUGGGAUGUUUGUGCAUUGGUUUUGUUCCAGUUCCAGCCAUGGGUAAUUGUGCUUAUGUAUAUUGAUACAUUUAACCAUGUACUGUAAUUGAUUUGCCAGGAAGUAGUGAUAGAAGUUUGGUGCCUCAAGCCCACAAUGUGAUUUUUUAUUUUGUAGUGUUGAGAGUUAUAUUCUCGGUUUUUUGUUUUUCCAAUAAAAUUGUGUUGUUAAUUAA